AAACUAGAGUCGCAUUCUUGUCUUCCCUUAAUUAUUCUCUUUGUUCCAAAAAUGCAAAUUCCAACAAAACAACAACACCUUGAGUCAUUGUUGCAUUAAUUUCAUUUCAACACUUCAAUUAUUACUUAAUACUAAGAUUUUCACAUUCACAUUAAUUAAAAAAAAAAAAAAACACAACAACAACAACGACGUUUCUCUCUCUAUUCUCCGCUUCAUCUCUUUCGUCUCAUUCACUCUGUACCAAAAAAAAAAACGAGCUGAAAACUCUACUAUACCAAAAAAAAAAACCAUGUCGGAAAAUUCCGAAAUAUCCUUCAGCACAUCGUCGAGAAGUCUCGGCGAGAUACCCGAAAUCGCCGCCAUAAAUCUCGGAAUCGAUCUCGUAUCAGCAUCCAAACGAAACAUCACGUUUUUAAAAAGCGUUGCAGAUUCUCCAUGGCUUCAUAACACAAACAUUAAAGUUGAAGCAAUAAGAAGAUACCGUGAUUUAUGGAUGCCGUUGAUUUCUGAUCUAACGGUGCAGAACACUUCUCUUCCAAUGAUUCUUCCUCCGUUUGAUGUUGAAUGGAUUUGGUUCUGUCAUAGUUUGAAUCAUGGAAGUUAUAGAGAGUAUUGUGAGAGAAGAUUCUCGAAAGUUGUUGGUAGAGCGGUUAUUUAUGAUGAAGAGAAUAGAGAAUAUGCGUUGAUGAGGUGUAGAGAGAUUUGGAACAGUAAAUAUCCUUUUGAGUCGUUUGAGAAUGAAGCAAGUUAUGAUUCGCAGGAUGAUUGUGAUCUUGUGGUUGUUGAUGAGGGGAGUGUUGGUUUGAGUUUGAGGUUGAAUGAUGAUGUUUUUAAGGAAGUUGAGAAGCAUAGGUUGUUGUGUUUGAUGUUUAUGGAACCGUAUAGGUCUGAGUUGGUUUACUUGAUAGCUGCGAGACAGAGAUAUAAAGCUUUUUUGUUUAUGAUCCAAAGGUUGGGUUCUGAAUCAUGUUCGAGUUUGGUUCCUACUUCGGAUAUUUUGUUGAUGUGGGUGACCCAUCAGAGCUACCCAACGGUGUAUAUGGAAGAUUUGAAAGCAUUGGCCUUAGAGAGUGACAUUCAGAAGGUUGCAACUAUUUCUGAACCUGUGAAGGAAAAGGAUUUUGAAGAAACCAAGAAAUUAUGGGAUAGGGCAUUCAAUCAACCUUAUGAGAAAGCCGGCGGAGAAGUGUCUUUGGCAUUGGAAGGUGUUAUCUCAAUCAAGGCCCCCAUCUCCUGGGAUGAAUCAGACACUGAUGUCAAUACAAAAUAUAAGUCCUUGCUUCCAAGAUUUUUACUUGAGGCUUGUGUGUUUGUGAGGCCUAAGCCAAGAAUAAAGGCAUCACAGAAGGAUACAAAUCGUGAUUUCCUACGCCUCCGAAUGAUCAGGUGUCAUAGUGAGCUAAAGCUAGAUGAAGCCAUUUCAAAUUUCCCCUUUGAUUCAUGGAAAAAAGCUUGGCAUCUUUACUGCGAGUUUGGGACUAAGGGAGUUAUGCUCGAAUAUCGUCGUCAUGGUGGUGGUAACUGUCUAAAACGAAGUAACAUGCAAGACACUGUUUCAUUCCGCUGGAACGAUUUAUUGAGAUCAGAUUCUCUAACAUUGGAAAAGGAAGUUAGUCAGCAGGUGAAUGCCGUUGUGUCAAUAACGCCACCGGUUCAGGCAUCAUACUUGUUGAAAUGUGUGCCUGAUCGUGUCACAGAUGAUUCAGGGGCGAUGAUUUCUGAUGUGUUUCUGAAGAUGAAUAGUUAUCACCCGCAAGAAGGACGAUGGUUGUCUCGCACGGUUCUUGAUCAUUCAGGGAGAGUGUGUUUUGUUAUUAGAAUUAGGGUAGGAGGAGGAUUUUGGAGAAGAGGAGGUGAAACUCCUUCAGCUGUAAAAUGGGAAGAUAGGAUUAUAGAGAUACGCGAAGGAUCUUGGUCUUAUGUAGCUGGUUCCAUUGGUAGAGCCCCUGAGAAGGUUGUGGCCACUGCGACACCAAAGGAACAUGCGGAACAAUGUAAGGCGGUAUGGUUGUUUUCAACGGGAGAUGAACUGAUUAUACAGUGGGAUUCAUUGCUAUCAAUAUCAAGUCUCACAUUUAGUUUGACAAAUCAAACAUCUCCAUCAGAGUUAUCGGUGAAGUUACUAAAAGGGAGGCAAAUGCAAUACCAAGUGAACAAAACAAAGUCAAAGAACAAAAACGAAGAAACAAAAAGCGAGUUAGAGGAGGACGAGGAGGGUUUUCUAACACUCGUACGUUUUGCCGAAGAUAACCCUAAUGGAAAAGCAACAGCUCUACUAAAUUGGAAACUAUUGGUUGUCGAAGUAUUGCCAGAAGAAGACACAGUACUAAUGCUUCUCCUUUGCAUUUCAAUAUUGAAAAGUUUAUCCGAAAUGAAAAAACAUGACGUGGGCGGCUUGUUAGUGAGAAGAAGAUUAAAACAAGCAAAUUUUGGUACUAAAGAUUGGGGUUCUGUGAUACUUGAUCCAUCUUCAUUUGGUGAUUCACCUUAUGUUCAACCUUGGUAUUGGAAUGCUAGACUUGUGAUGGCAUUUGAUGAAGGAGAACAACUCAAAAGGCAGCCAGUUUUAAGUCAUUCUGCAGUGGAAGGCAGCGACAAGUUAUACAAGAAUGGGAUCAUAAGUUAAGCCCUUUUCUUUCUUCUAACUUUUGCUUGUUUGCUUGAUUGUUGAUAUUAUUAUUGAUUUUUUUUUGUUUUCUUUGAGUUGUUCAUAUUUUUAGGGAAUUCAAAUUUAUGAGUCCUGACAUUUGGUUUGGAACACAUCAUAAAUAAAAAAUUGUGUAAGAGAAUGAAAUCGUGGAUGGGUUUGAUUGCGAGCGAGUAUUCUUGUAACUGUGGUUGUAUUGUAUGUAUGUACCAUGUACAAAAUUUAUUCAAAUUCAAUUGAGUGACUAAAAUUUACUUU